CACCACCACACGAGACGGUAUAAAAGUCAGCACAUUCAGUGGUGCCGACAAACCUGCGGAGACCUUCAUCAUCAAGGAACAAACUCCUCUUCCCUCGUCCUCAACUGACCCAGCAAAGACCUUCUUCUCUCCGAGAAUCUGACUGGAUCGAAACGCCAUGAGACUGGAAAACUGCUGCUGCUGUGUUCGGCCGUGCUCUGCUCCCUGCUGGCUACUGGCAUGUCUGCUGCCACGGGCAACGGCGAGAUGGGACGACGGGGCAUUGAAAAGAGGAACCACAUGAGUUCUUACCUGCAAAACUGGCCUCUCUCUGGCACGGACACCGAAGACACCGAGUCAGACGAAGACUCCGUGUUGUCGGAAAUGGAGACCUACAAUGAAGGAGCUAGAUUCCAACAUAAGACGGCGGGAGGUGGGGUGGCCUACGUGAGGUGGGGCCACACAAACUGUGCAGCAGGAGCCGAGACGGUCUACUCGGGGAGAGUCGGAGGAAGCCACUUCAGCCACCGGGGUGGCGGCAGUAACUACCAGUGUCUCACAUUGGAACCAGAGAACGAGGACUUUGGUCCUGGCAUCGCAACCGGUUCGUUCAUGUACUGGCAGUGA